AUGGGUGACGACAACAGAUCAUCUGUGGCAGAAUUCAUCUUCCUGGGCCUCUCACAGGACCCACAGACCCAAGUCCUGCUCUUCUUCCUCUUUCUCUUCAUCUACCUGCUCACUGUGCUGGGAAAUCUGCUGAUCAUCGUGCUCAUCCACUCAGACCCCAGACUCCACACUCCCAUGUACUUCUUCCUUAGGAACCUGUCCUUUGCCGAUCUCUGCUUUUCUACCACCACAGUUCCCCAGGUGCUUGUCCACUUCCUGGUGAAGAAAAAGACCAUUUCUUUUGCUGGAUGCUCAACACAGUUAGUUGUGUUACUUCUGGUUGGAUGUACAGAUUGUGCACUCCUGGCAGUAAUGUCCUAUGACCGAUAUGUUGCUGUCUGCAAGCCUCUGCACUACUCCACCAUCAUGACACACUGGGUAUGUGUCCAGCUGGCUGCAGGGUCCUGGGCCAGUGGUGCAUUUGUGUCCAUGGUGGAUGCCACCUUCACUUUGCGUCUCCCUUACCGAGGAAAUAAUGUCAUUAACCACUUUUUCUGUGAACCUCCUGCCCUCCUGAAGCUGGCUUCAGCAGACACCUACAGCACAGAAAUGGCCAUCUUUGCAAUGGGCGUGAUAAUCCUCCUAGCUCCUGUCUCACUCAUCCUCAUUUCCUAUUGGAACAUCAUCUCCACUGUGAUCCAGAUGCAGUCUGGGGAGGGGAGGCUAAAGGUCUUCUCCACCUGUGGUUCCCACCUCAUUGUUGUUGGUCUCUUCUAUGGCUCAGCAAUAUUUGCCUACAUGAGACCAAACUCCAAGACAAUGAAUGAAAAGGAUAAAAUGAUUUCAGUGUUUUAUUCAGCAGCGACCCCCAUGCUUAAUUCUAUCAUUUACAGCCUGAGGAACAAGGAUGUUAAAGGGGCUUUCAGGAGAAUAACUUCUAGAAUUAUAUUCUUUCACAAACAGUAA